AUGGGUGUUGAGGGCAAGAAGAGAUCCACCGCGCCGCCGCUCCCUGCGCCCACCGAGACCGAGUCGACGAUUCUGACGGCCACCCCCACCGAUCUGGGAACCGAUGUGUCCCGUCCUGGCGACGACAAAUCAUCCUACUCGCUCCCAUCGGACGGCACUCCCGUCACCAUUAAGACGGGCCACCGGGCGAGCAAGUCGCAGACCUCUCUCCUCAUAGAGUACUUCGAGGGCGGCAAGGGGACGAGCGAAUCCGGGUCCAGCGAGCAGCGCAAGCCUAGCGUUCGCGUGCGCCUGACACCGAGCAGCAAGCACCGUACCAAGAGCGGCUCGGACCGGGAUCGCAUCGAGAUCACACAGACAAAGUCGAGAAAGGCCAGCCUUACUCGCCGCACAACCGCCCCGGCCAGUUCUGCCAAGGCUUCGCGCGCCGACGCCGAAGCCCUGUCGGCGCUCAGCGGCGACUUUGAGGACGCCAGCUCGUAUGCUUCGGCCACUGAGGAAAGCAACGUCAGCCGGAACCCAAUUGAUAUCGAGAUUGACCGAGGCGGAAACGUCCGCCGCCGCCGCCCAGCGAGCCCGCUAAUUCCGCCCGCCGACGGCAGCAAGUCGAGCUACUUGCCGCCAACUAUGAGCGACAUCUCUGGCAUCCCAACUGACAGCUUCCUUGACGGAUCUGGCCCCACCACUUCGUUCAAGAUGUCGGAGGGAAAGCGUAGCAGGAGCAGGAGCCCCUCGCGCACAGGAGACUACAUCACCGGCGCUGCCGUUGGAUUAGCUGCCGCCGCCGCCGCCGACAAGCUCCACAGCAAGAGCGGAGACCGAGACAGGGUCCCUGUUUCAAAGACGCGAGACAAGGAGAAGGACCGCAAGUACAAAUCAUCCAAAAGCCGAACAAGUAGCCUUUCCAAGGACGACAUGUAUGCUGAGGUUCCAAAGUCUCCCCGUAGAAGGUCGAGCAAGGGACAGACCGACUCGCUUGUUUCAGGGGCAGACUCUAGCGUUGUGUCCUCUGGCCUGUCGCCGAGUCAUCGGUCAAUGGAUCAACAUUCGAUCCGAUCAGGAACUUCUAAAGCCUCAUCCAUUAACAACCCAAAGUUGCUCGAAACUGUUGAAGAUGCUAUCCGGCGUCUCAUCUUGCCUGAGUUGAAUGCUUUGAAGAGAGAGCAGAGCAGACACAAGGAUCGCAGGGGAUCCACAACUUCGAGCGCAACAACAGCUUCUCGCGAAGAUUAUGCAAGCGACAGGCGUCGAUCGUCCGGGACUGAUAAGAAUAUCGCAACCCCUCGAGACAGCUUGAAAAGCAAAGACAGGCGCGAUAGAGAGGCCCGCAAUGAUUUCGACGACAGUCCGUCUCAAAGUGCCCUCAGCCACGACUCAGUCGAAGAUAUUCGUCACAUUGACGAUACUCCCAUGCGCAGCACGGAUCGCCUGAAAGCUGCAGCUGUUGGCGCCGGCUUGGGUGCGGCAGCCAUUGCUGCCCACGAGGCUCUCAAAUCACCUUCGGACGAUAAGCACAGGAGGCGUCGAAGAGCAAAGUUACGAGGCCAAGGUUCUGAUCUGGGCCCCGAAGACGAGGGCUCGGACCUCCUAUCCCCGGGUCCCCCGAUGCCGUUCAUGGGCGAUGUCAACCCUUCCGAGGUGACAAGGGCGUCCAUUCUGUCGGCCGACACCGAUGUUGAUAGGCCACAUUCAGCUAGCGAGGAGCUCACUCCCGUUCAAGACCUAUCGAGAGGCCAGCUAUCUGCCGAGUCCAGCCCGACACCAACCAGGUCUUCAACCCUGCAGGCCUUGGGAGCCCAACACGCCAACAUCUCACACGGCGAUCUCAAGACUCUACCUCGCCGACGGACUGGCGAAUUCGGGGCCUAUGAAACCAACGAAUAUGGCGAGGCCGGCCCCGCUCAACAAGAGGAAUACGAGGAGGAAGAAUAUGACGAUUCCGGCCCAUCAUACGCACAGCCGAGCGCAUAUGAUUACUACAUCACUCAAGAUGUUCCGCCUCCUCUGAAGUAUACUCCGUAUCAACCCGAGAGACGUGGCCUCAGCCCUAUCCCGAGCGUUUCUGGCUACACCGAGGGCGGAAGUGAGGCUCCAAACCGAGAUUCCAGGGUCACACAACACACGGCCGAUUCUGUCUCAUCACCCGAGAAGUCACCUCUCCUUGAUCGAGGCAUGCAAUCUCCGAGCUCAGUCCCAAGCAAUCUCAUGGGCCGAGAAUUUGGAGAUGAUGACCGGAGCAUGAGAAGCUCCGCACUGGACCAGGGGAACGAUAUGAGCGCGUUGGGCAGCGAGAUUGAACGCGUUGGUUCUGGUCAGGCUGUUCGCGCUGUGGGGGCGAAUCCAGAUUUCGUCCAUCCGCUCGGCAUUGAGUCGAACGUCGCCUCGCUAGUUGACGGCUCGAUGCUUGACGAAUCCGCCUUGACGGGUGACUCGAGCGCAGUGGGUAACCAGAACUACAUCGGCCGCGAAUCGAUGGCUACGCUUGAGGAAGAGCCUACUCGGGAUCUCGGUACCCCAACCAAACGAUCUGUGGGAAGCCAUCGAGAAUACGCAGAUGAACGACCAGAAACACCCGUGUCAGCCAGCCAACAGAGCCAACGAUCGCGCGACUUUGCAGAGUAUGAGGUUGACGAUUAUGGCCGCAAGAUCCCUCAAGCAACGAAGUAUCGACAUUCACCCAGCGAGUCGGAGAAGGCAAUCGCGUUUGCGGCUGUUGGCGCUGCUGCUGCCGUUCUCCGCGCGCAGCAUGAGAAAGGCAAACAAGAUGGCCAAGACGGCGCACCUGGGUAUCAGCCUGCCGGCGUUCAGCGAAAUCGGUCAUUCAAGGAGCGGGCCAUGCAUGGCCAGCACCCCGGAACCGAGCUAAAAUUCAGCGCGGACAGGCUCGUUGAUGAGCACGAGCAGCAUCAGCAGCAUCAGCAGCAUCAGCAGCACGAACAGCACGAACAGCACGAGCAGCCUAAAAUGGGAUACAGUGGCAUUCCCGACCCCAGCAAUCCUCUACCGGAGACCGAAAAUUGGCAGUACGAUGACCUGGUAACUAAUCCUUCGGAAUUCAAUGGAGAAUCGGGCGAGCAUGGCGACCAGCAUUGGCCUGGCGACACGACACCUAGGCAACGGGCUCUGGACGCUCAAGAUGACAUUGAAUAUGAGCAACUAGACAACGAAGCGGCUCAUGAGAGAGGCAGCGGCCACGGUCUAGGCAUUGCUGGAGCUGCGGGUACCGCGGCAGCGGUGGCGGCAGGAACUGCUGCUGCUCUGUCCGCAUCUCAACACCACAGCCGCCAGCCAAGUCAGGAGCAAGAGGAUGAAUGGUAUCGGACUUCAGACGACAAAAAGCGCGACACUUUAAUAACGAAUCCCUAUGAAGGAGCGAGCCCCAUCGCUCACCUCGCCGGCAUCAAUGACGAUUUUCUGGGACAGUCUGAGUUUGACAACCAGGACUAUAGCCAUGCUUAUGCGGCGCGCAGCCCACUUGGCCACAAGGUUGACGAAGGAUACAUCUCGCAGGGCCCGAACAAGACACCAGACAUCCAGAACAUCAAGGGCAAGGGCUUCGACAUGACCCUUCAAACCACAGGCGGCGCUGGAAUGAUCGAUGAUCCGUUCUACACGACAAAGCACAUGCGACACCUCAGCGGCAUGUCGCAGGGGAUGGGGUCUCCGCUCUACGACGCCUCCACCGGCAUGGGUAUCGACAGAAUCGAGUCCAAAGAUAUCGUCGCGCUGAUGCAACACCUGAUGGUCAGAGAUGCCCAACGAAGUGCGCGAGACACGGAGAUCUUGGUCACCCUGGUUCGAAGCGCAACUGAUAUGCGCACCAACUUUGAAGACAUCAAGAGGAUGCUGGCGGAUACCGAGGAUGUCAUCAUCACCGAAGUCAAGGAGAAUACAGAAAAGACAGUUCAGCGGGCCAUCAACGGCCCACGGCCUUACCCCGGCAGCGGUGCUCGGUCGCUACAAGGCGGCGGCUCGCUAGCAGGCACAGUCAAUGGCGACGACAUUAACGCAAAGAAGAGGAACAUCUUCCGCCGUGCCCUCAAAGGCCUGAGUGCUAAAGGGACCAACGAUCUGGGCAGGAUCGAAGAUAUGUUGAUGCAGCUACUGACAGAAGUGGACGUGCUCAAGGCCCAGACUGCCCCCGAACCGGUCCAUGGAAGCAACAGAGAGGAGCAGUCAUAUGACCACAUACAACCAGAGGUCCAAUACGAGCAGGACCACGGCUACGAGCCGGAGGGAAACGCUGGCACCUCUACAGCAAGUCACGCCUCCCAGUCGGGUCACCUCUCGAUCCAGUCCCGAGGCACGUCUGGCAAGGCCGGGUACGAUCGAAAGGUGUCGGCAUACAGGAUAAGUACCGUGCCCGAGGCCAACGAAGAAGACUAUGACCACGGCAACGUCCAUGAAGCUCGUGGGAGUCCCCAUUACAGCAGCAAGCCAGACAUGCUCAUGACACCUGCGCAAGAUCAACGUGGCAGCUCGGUCCCCUUGGCCACCCCACCGGAAGCGUCGGCUCCGGUCCAGACAUCGCUGAGCAACGAGAAUACUCCUCGGACAGAAGAGGGGAAGAAGCACAAGAGCGGUAGAUCCAGUUGGUUUCCUAUCACGAAAAUUUCGCGCUGGUCUGAGACGACGACGUCCAGCGUCGCCCAAGUCUUACGGCGAAGUGGAAACUCGCGCAAGAACGACGACGACGGCAACUUCCAAGGGGCCGAUGAUCGCCAGUUUCACAGCGCUCCAUCCCGGUCGGGAUCUAUUGGUAGCUACUCGGAUACCUUCCAAUUCUCAAAUCCCCACCAGGUUCAGAGCGACCAGCUCCACACAGGCUUCUCGGAGCCCAACCUUGGUGGAGACCUCUACGAGGGCGGAUCGGAUACAAACCUCCAACACCCCCCUCCCUUGGGUCUAAACUUCGUCAGCAUGACGCCUGAGGACCCUAAAUACAAGGCACACCGCGACUCGCUCAAUUUGCAGCACCCUCAGCCGCGUCAAGGGCAAACGGAGCGCUUCAAAGCGGCACUCGAGUCGCAGGCCCUGGGUUACGACUCAUCCUUGAGCCCUAGGUCGGCGGACUGGGCUGGCUCGGUUACCAGCUUGAACCGGUUCCCUCGCAAUCCGAAUAGGGAUAGCUAUGGCUCGGGCGGAGAGCAGUACCAGCAGCAUUGGACGUCCUCGCCUGGGGCAGCCAACAUGACCGCCACUGCCGGGCCGCCGCGCCCGCCAAAGGAACCAAUCAUUCUCACCUCGAGCCCGGGGGGAGGUACACCGCCGCAGAAUAAGCGGCUCAGCAAAUUGCAGAAGCAGAGCCCACUGCCGCACCACAGCGUUGAAAGCGGCUACGGAACCAUGACGCACGGCGUUCCAACCGCCAGCUACAUUAGCCAGAGCCGUGACGGCGGGAGCCCCCGUCUCGAGAACCGCAACCUCAGCGGCGCGUUGGGCGUCUCGCGGCGGCCCAGUGGACCUCGGCCCAUGAGCGUCAGCCCUAUGAGCGAGGACGGAGAGGGGAAGAGGAAGAGAGAUACAUUUGGCACUAUUGCCUCCCACGAGACGGACACCUUUUAG